AUGCCCAAGCACGACCAUGGUGUUAAUGCUGUUGACAAUGAUACAUUUGUUACUUCUGUUGAAGAGCUUAUUACUCCUCUCAUGAAUAUUAAGUGGAAUUUGUUGCAAGCCGGUUUAUUUCCGGGCUGUGAUGAAGAUUGCCACUUAUGUUUAUUGACUGGUUGCUAUUUGUUGAAAGAAGUUGUCCAGCGCCUGAUAGAUGAUAAAGAGAUUCUAUUUGAGAAGACUCAUGUCACAACUGUUUCCUGUAAAUAUGUUUCGAUUAUAACCAUUUCGUCAAAUCCUUUCAGGGUCUCCACCAAAAGACCCGUCAGGAUUACAUCUGCUCCAGACUUGGCUCCCCUGAUCAUCACUACGCCAGGGCCAAUACCAUAUUCCUCGGACAAAGUUGUUCCCUGGAAUUAUGGGGCUGGCGUCUAUUACCAUGGCGUCAAGCAAGACCUGUUGGCUGUUGAAGAUGAAGUUUCUGGAAAUACUGAUCCCGACAUCGGCAAUAUCGUUGGGACCAGUAAAAUAACAAGAAGCAGAAGAGUAUUCUCACCCGAGAUUUCUCCUCCUAAAGCUGUUACUAUUCCUGUGAUCAUUCCUACUGCCGUUCCAGAUAAUACUAUAACUACAACUCCUGUGAUUACUCAUGUUGCAACCCCUUCCACCAAGUCGGUCGAGACUCGUGGGAAAUACAUAUUGGUUGAGCCUGUCCAGACGAAGGCGCAUUCAGAAUCCAUUCUAGAGGCUUCCAAGAGGGAAAUGGAAGAAAUCUUAAAGAUCAUCAAAAAGAGAGACUAUAAUGUGGUUGAACAACUGAGACAGACUCCUUCCAAGAUCUCAAUGUUGGCCCUACUGUUGUGCUCUGAAGCCCAUGCAAAGGCUUUGGUGAACAAGUAUUCAUGA